AAGCGGGUGGCCAGAGAAAGAGAAGACAAAGAGGCAACAGAGAAGGCAUUCAGAAUUCUGAGAGGCCACCUGCAAUUUCACUGGGAAUAAUGAAGAGAACAUUAAAAUGUGUGUCAUAUGUUUCGGCCAGUGUAUGCACUUAGUUAACAGCAGUGAUUCAAGCAGUUGAGAAAACAUUUGAAACUAUGGAGUACAGAAAGAGCUUGAACUGGAGUGAAACUCCUAUGAAACAUCAACAAACUCGCACAGGAGAGAAGUCAUUUAAAUGUAUGCAGUGUGGAAAGAGCUUCAGUACGAAGGGAAGCCUUACAAGACAUCAACGAACUCACACAGGGGAGAAACCAUUUAAAUGUUUGGAGUGUGGAAAAAGCUUCAGUGAAUGUGGUAAGCUUAGACUACAUCAACGAACUCAUACAGGGGAGAAACCCUUUAAAUGUUUGGAGUGUGGAAAGAGCUUCAGUGAUAAUGGGCACCUCAGAAGGCAUCAACAAACUCAUACAGGGGAGAAACCCUUUAAAUGUUUGGAGUGUGGAAAGAGCUUCAGUGAUAAUGGGAAACUCAGAACCCAUCAGCGAACUCAUACAGGGGAAAAACCAUUUGAAUGUAUGGAAUGUGGAAAGAGCUUCAGUGAUAAUGGGAAACUCAGAACCCAUCAGCGAACUCAUACAGGGGAAAAACCAUUUGAAUGUAUGGAAUGUGGAAAGAGCUUCAGUCAAAGUGGAUAUUUUAAAAUGCAUCAGCGAACUCAUACAGGGGAGAAACCAUAUAAAUGUUUUGAGUGUGGAAAGAGCUUCAGUUGGAGUGGAGACCUUCGAAAACAUCAUCGAACUCACACAGGGGAGAAGCCAUUUAAAUGUUUGGAGUGUGGAAAGAACUUCAUUGAUAUUGGGAACCUCAGAAGCCAUCAGCAAACUCAUACAGGGGAGAAACCGUUUAAAUGUAUGGAGUGUGGAAAGAAUUUCCGUAAUAAUGGGAAUCUCAGAGACCAUCAGCGAACUCACACAGGCGAGAAACCAUUUAAAUGUUUGGAGUGUGGAAAGAGCUUCAGUCAAAGUGGGAAUUAUAGAAUACAUCAGCACACUCACACAGGAGAGAAACCUCAUAAAUGUAUAGUGUGUGGAAAGAGCUUCACUUCAACCAAAAAUCUUAGACUACACCAAAGACAUCACACAGGGGAAAAACCAUUUAAAUGUAUGGAAUGUGGAAAGAGUUUCAGUCAAAGUGGAACCCUUCAAAUGCACCAUCGAACUCACACAGGGAAGAAACCAUUUAAAUGUAUGGAGUGUGGCAAGAGUUUUUGUUAUAGUGUAACCCUUAGAGUACAUCAACAAACUCAUACAGGGGAGAAACCCUUUAAAUGUUUGGAGUGUGGAAAGAGCUUCAGUGAUAAUUGGAACCUCAGAACCCAUCAGCGAACUCAUACCGGGGAGAAACCAUUUGAAUGUAUGGAAUGUGGAAAGAGCUUCAGUCAAAGUGGAAAUUUUAAAAUGCAUCAGCAAACUCAUACAGGGGAGAAACCAUAUAAAUGUUUCGAGUGUGGAAAGAACUUCAGUGAUAAUGGGUACCUCAGAACCCAUCAGCGAACUCAUACAGGGGAGAAACCAUAUAAAUGUUUCGAGUGUGGAAAGAACUUCAGUGAUAAUGGGUACCUCAGAACCCAUCAGCGAACUCAUACAGGGGAGAAACCAUAUAAAUGUUUCGAGUGUGGAAAGAGCUUCAGUUGGAGUGGAGACCUUCGAAAACAUCAUCGAACUCACACAGGGGAGAAGCCAUUUAAAUGUUUGGAGUGUGGAAAGAACUUCAUUGAUAAUGGGAACCUCAGAAGCCAUCAGCGAACUCACACAGGGGAGACACCAUUUAAAUGUAUGGAAUGUGGAAAGAGCUUUGGUCGCCGUGAUAACCUUACAAUACAUCAACGAAUUCACACAGGGGAGAAACCAUUUAAAUGUUUGGAGUGUGGAAAGAGUUUCAGUCAAAAUGGAAACCUUAGACUACAUCAGAAAACUCACACAAGGGAGAAACCAUUCAAGUGUAUGGAGUGUGGAAAGAGCUUCUAUGAAAGUGGGUCCCUUCGAAUACAUCAGGCAACUCACACAGGGCAGAACCCAUAUAACUGUAUAGAGUGUGGAAAGAGCUUCAGUCAAAGUGGAAAUUUUAAAACACACCAAAGAACUCACACAGGGGAGAAACCAUUUAAAUGUAUGGAGUGUGGAAAGACCUUUAGUCAUGGUGGAGUCCUUAGAAUACAUCAACGAACUCACACAGGGGAGAAACCAUAUAACUGUAUGGAGUGUGGAAAAAGCUUCACUUCAACCAAAAACCUUAGACUUCACCAAAGAACUCACACAGGGGAGAACCCAUAUAAAUGUAUGGAGUGUGGAAAGAGCUUCAGUCAAAGUGGAAGUUAUAGACUACACCAAAGAACUCACACAGGGGAGAAACCAUUUAAAUGUAUGGAGUGUGGAAAGACCUUCAGUAAUAGUCAACACCUUAAACUGCACCAAAGAACUCACACAGGGGAGAACCCAUAUAACUGUAUGGAGUGUGGAAAGAGUUUCAGUCAAAGUGGAAAUUAUAAAAGGCACCAAAGAACUCACACAGGGGAGAAACCAUUUAAAUGUAUGGAGUGUGGAAAGAGUUUCACUCGUAGUGCAACCCUUAGAAGCCAUCAACGAACUCACACAAAGAAACCAUUUAAAUGUAUGGAGUGUGGAAAGUGCUUCCGUCAAAGUGUACUCCUUAAGAAUCAUCAGCGAACUCACCCCAGAAAAAAGAGCAUUUAAAUGUGAGGAUUGUGUUUGGAAAGAGCUUUACUGAUAGUGGAGCAUAUGGAUUUAAAUAUAUGGAGUGAGGAAAGAUCUUUAGUCAUAGUGAAAACCUCGCAAAACAAUAGUGAACUCUCAUGGGAAGAAACCAUUUAAAUGCAUGGAGUGUGGAAGGAGCUUCAAUUUGAGUGUAGAUCUUAAUAUAUAUCAGCUGUUAGAUGCAUAGUGUAUAUGUGAAGUUCUGGUGUCUACAUGUAAUGUUGUACCCACGUAUUCAAGUUAAGGUAAAGGGACCCCUGACC